CCUCGGCCCACUGCUCUCGUGCCUUUCUGUUAAGCUGUGCUUCUCCGUGCCCAUCGACUGUGCUCAGAUGCCACACGGCCACGACGAUGACCACCCUAAUGGUCAAGUGCCGGAGGACGACAGCAGGUCUGACGCAUCUUCAGACCUCGAAGAACUGUAUCCCCACGAAUUCCCCAGAUACUUCGUUGAACGGGACGGUCGACUCUUCCAUUCUCAUGUUAGCUCGCCGUAUCCUUUGCCGGUUGAUGCGUACGAGCAACAUAGACAAAACAGGCAGCAUUACCUCUUGCGGCAAGUUGUGGAAGCGAACUACGCAAAUCUUGUUCGCCAUGCUCUCCGGAACCUUCCCGGCGAACAACGACACGUCGUGGAUUUGUGUACAGGGACAGGUAAAUGGGUCAUGGACCUUGCCGCCGAUUAUCCGCACGCAAGAAUUGAUGGCCUAGACAUCGUUCCCAUUCAGACAAGGCAUCCAUUGAAGAAUGUGUUCUUCGAGAUGCACGACGUGACCGAGCGCUUCCGCUACGGUGAUAGGACGAUAGACUUCGUUCACGCCAGGGACAUCUCAUACGCGGUUCGAACUAGCGACUUCCCUGCACUCAUUCGCGAAGUCGCGCGGAUUCUCCGUCCAGGAGGUCUCUUCAUGUCAGGAGAAUGGGAGUCUGAUCCCAUCAUGUCUAAUGGGCAGCACCUCGACACGGCCGCUCCGGACACCUUCGUGUUCUUCCGCGAAGUGAAGAACGCUCUGCGCACGUGCGGCUUGGCCUCUGCCGCGGACGGCAUUCCCCAAUGGCUCCGUGCGUCGGGUUUCCGAGACCUUGCGAUACACCAGUUUAGGAUGACCAACGACGAGCAAACCGGCAGAAGGUUCGUGAUGAUUGUCACCACCUAUGCCGAGUCCAUGCAGUUGUGGCUCGUCAAGGGGGGCCACCUCAGCCAUGCACGAGCUCGAGAACUGGUACGUGGGAUGUUGCGGGAGGUCGACUCCCUCCCAGGUAUCGUAUUUACAUACCGUGUCGUGCACGCGCGUGCGAUUUAAACGCAGUAUCACCUGUUGUAUCUUGUUCAUUUAACGUUGUGGCCUCUUGUUGACUUCAAUUUGCAUAAAUAGUU